GGCCAGAGGGACAGCAGCGCAGAGCCGGGAGCUGUCCGGGAGUUGUCCGGGAGCUGUCCGCGCGCCCGUCCAGCUCACUCAGAUGUGGCCGCCGCGCGCGCUGUGGGCCGCCUGCCUGCUGGCGGGGCUCCGCGGGGCACAGGCCUCGUCAGAGUCCAUCAUGGACAUGAUCAACACGCAGGAGGUGGAGCGCUUCCUGGCGCAGCGCGCGCACAACGCGAGCCGCGAGCAGCGCCGCUUCCUGCAGCAGAACGCGCUGGACGAGUCGGAGGCGGACGGCGAGACGCCGCCCCCGGCGCCCCUGGGGCCCGGCCCGGGCAAGGGCUCGCUCGCCCCGCUGCCGCCGCCGCCGCCGCCGCCGGCCGGCAACUCCUCCGCCGGCCUGGACAAGCUGCUGCGCUCCAGCAAGACGGCGCUGGAGGUGACGACGCGCGACUACCUGAAGCGCGACUGGUGCAAGACGGAGCCCCUGGUGCAGCGGGUGCGCGAGGACGGCUGCCUCACGCGCACCAUCGUGAACCGCUUCUGCUACGGCCAGUGCAACUCCUUCUACAUCCCGCGCAGCCCUCGGCGGCGGGGCGCGCGGCGCAGGGACCCGGGGGACGAGGAGGCGGCCGCCGCCUUCAGGUCGUGCGCCUUCUGCAAGCCCAAGCUGGCGUCGUGGAUCACCGUCACGCUGCGCUGCCCGUCGUCCGUGCCGGCGCUGCGGCGCAAGCGGGUGCAGCGCGUCAAGCAGUGCAAGUGCAUCGCCGAGCUGCUGCACUGAGUGCAUCCCCCCCCCCUCCGCCCCCUUGUUGUCGUGCCCGGGUCGUCCCCGGGGUCCUCCACUUCCCCCCUCCUCCUCCUCGCCCCAGCUACUAGCGCGCUGCUACCGAAGAGAGCGGCUCGAGUAUUUCUCAACGAUGUCGUAUUUCAGGCUGCUGCUUCUUAAUUAAGCUGUUCGGGAUAUUUGAUUUUUCUUUGACUGAGAUAUCUGUGAAAAUGUUUAUAAGAUAAUUACCAGUUAUUUCACGUAAUUUGUUUUUUUGAAUUGGCUAAAUUUCAUUAGUUAGACCUCUUCUUCUUAUUCGAUACAAAUAUGCCAAUUUCACUGAAUCGCGCUCGAGCAGUAUUUCAGCAAGAAUAAUGUCGCCCCAUGCAAUUGUUGUAGCUACACACCUUUCGUUGAAAACUCGCAUUAUAUGACAAUGGUGCAUACAUUUUACAGUCACCGGAAUUUUAUCUUACGUACAUACAGUUGCUCGAGGAUAGUUGCUUCAUUGUCGUUGAAGGCAGUCAAAAAUUAAAACUGCCAAACGUUUUAAGGGUAGUUUAGUUGGUUUUUAAUUUUUUUAUGUUCGUGUGAUGAAGAAUCGGAUCAAUUAAAGAGGUUAAAAGUGGUUUAAAUGUAUUUUGAACAUUUUUAAGUUGUGAGACAUCCAUAGCUUGCAAAAAACUGCAUGAAGUGUAAAAUUUUACUUUUUCUUCUUCAAAAUAUUCCCCAUAAGAGAUGUUGCCAUUAUUUUUUUUUUUAGUUGUAUGUUAUUAAUUCAUACAUUCCGUUUAAGCUCCAGAUUGAAUUUUUAGAUAUUAUACUUUAAAUGUUUUACAUUCAUUAACGACAAUAUGUAGCAGGAAAAUUAGGCAUUCAUAAAUAAGCCCAACCCUAUUCUAAGCGCUUACUUCUAAGUUUGCUACAUUGAGAAUACUUAGCUAUCACACGGGAUUUGAACUUGAAAAUGACAAAACAAUUUGUUUUAAUUAUACACAUCUCACUGGAUUCGUAAUCAGCGCAAAGAAUUUUAGUUUUUUUGAGUGAGAUUUUGUUGGAUAAUGUGAAUUUAAUGUAGAAAGUCCGCGGGUUAGUAUAUUGCCAACUGGCUGCGCUCAUAGAAGCAAUAGUCGUAAUCAAUACACCGGAUCAUUGUUAUUAAUAAAUGUGCUGUUUUAGAUGAAGAAGAAUAAUGCCGGUAUCUUGCAGCUGUAGCUCAUUUAUAUCUUGGAAGGUGCCAAAUACCUUCAGUUAAAAGUAAUCUGUGAUUGUAGCAGGAAUGAAAAGCUUUCUAAGUCUUCAUAGGUUUAAAUAUAAAAUUAGUAGUAAAAAUGUUCUAAAAAAAGAUCAGUAGUAAAUGUUGAAUGUAAGUAAAGAAUAAAUGUAUAUUAAUUGAAUCCUUUUCAGAAAGCGCGGUGUUUCAAACGUAGUAAGGUUUGCUGUACCUGAUUAAUGCCUAUUAAGAUACAAAAAAACCGUGAUACAUUGCUACAAUGUAAUACUUUGGCUGAUAGUUCUUAUUGUACCGAAAACGAUAUAAUAAUACUUUUAAAACCGCAGUAUUUCUAGUAGGUCAAACAACAAGAUAUUGUUAAAUUUGGAAAUAUAUGUCAAAGAUUCACUCAAAUGUAUAAAUUUGUAAAAAAAAAAUGUGUAUCAUUCUUCAGAUUGUGUUAGUC